AUGAUUCAUUCAAUCAUCAAUCGAUCGAUAUAUAGAGAAAAUUUUUGAAUCUUGUUCAUUUGCUUCGUAUCGGUUAUUCAUUGAAAAAGUUGAAAAAUUUUCUUUGAAAAACAAUUCAUCAUCAUCAUCAUUCAUCUAUAAUCGUUAAAUUUCAACAAAACAAAACAAAACAAAAAUGGAUAACACUGAACGUGAUCUUUGUCAAUUAAUCAUCCAGGCACGACGAUUACCAUGUGAACAAUUGGAACCAUGUAAAGAUUGGACUAAAGAAGAAAUUGCACGAGCCAAAAAAAUGUAUCAAAAAAUUGAUCGUCUUCAAUCAUCGCCAAAAAUUUCAUCAAAAUUAUUCAAUGAAGCACGUGAUUGUUGCGAUAUGUUGAGUGGUUAUAUCCGUAAAUUAGAAUUACAUAUGCUAUCAUCGAAUACACGUGCUAUUAAUUCGUUGACCGAUCUUGGUAAUGCAAACAAAGCUGCUGCAAUCUAUUGAAACAAUGACAACGGAAAAACUUUCUCGCUCAAUCUCUCUGGAUACAAAAUACAAUGGCCAAUAUACAUUUACAUGCAUAUUUAAUCUUUUUCAUCAUUGAAAAAAUAUUGUCUUUUUUUUCUUUCUUUCUUUUUACUCAUUUAUUCAUUUUUUAAUCC